CCCCAACACACACACACACACACACACACACACUCCUCUUCCUCCUCCUCCCUCUCCUCCUCCCUUUUUUUUUUGUUGUCUUCCUUUGUGCAGUUUCUUUUUUUUCAUGAGCGCUGGCGCAUAACGCGGCGGAAAUCGUGCGUCCUCGCAGAGGUGAUGUCUGGCGAUUCCGCGGAGUGGAUCGUAACGUCGGGAACGGUCCCUUCCUGUAUGUGCACCUGCGUCUUUGCGUGAGAAAGAGAAAGAGAAGGGACGCGAGAGUUUAGGGCGGGUGUCGCUUCUCCCACCGGACUAGAGCUGCAGGAAGGCUACGUUUUGAGGGUCGAGAAGAGUACAGGAAGAAACAGAGAGGGGCGGCUGGGACCCGACAGAAAGAGGGUGGGACGUUUAAUGAAGUGUUUUUAUUUUGCAGAUAACUCUUUCUCUCACCAUGUGGGGAAAAAAUGAGAUGGCAUUCCACUAAACCAGGACAAGAGAGAGAGAGGUUUCAGAAAACUGAGGCAUAAGCGACAAAAUCUUCUUCCAUCAUUUGGAUUAAGAGUAAUCUGAUCUGUGUACUACACAACUGUUUGCUCAAGAAAACUGGGAAAGAACAAAAAGAAAAGGAUCAGAGAAUCAGUAUCCUCCCGCUCUUCCUUUUGAAAUUCUUUCCGCUGACUCUGUCCCUUGACCUUCAGCCCUCAGUAUGAGCGGUCUAGUGGGGAAGCUGGACCCUCGCAGGAUACAGUGGGGCUCGACAUGGAACACCUUUGCGUCCCGCGUCCUGAGGACCAAACCCGUGGAGUCCAUGCUGGAUUCAGCCAUGUCAGGCACCAGCUCCCAUGGGACCAGGCUGGCCCGGGUGUUAUCUACGGUGGACCUAGUGUCACUGGGUGUGGGCAGCUGUGUUGGGACGGGGAUGUACGUGGUCUCGGGGCUGGUCGCCAAGGAGAUGGCUGGUCCAGGGGUCAUUGUGUCCUUCAUUAUCGCCGCUGUGGCCUCCAUACUGUCAGGAGUGUGUUACGCAGAGUUUGGCGUACGCGUGCCUAAGACCACAGGUUCGGCCUACACAUACAGCUAUGUGACGGUGGGCGAGUGUGUGGCGUUUUUCAUCGGCUGGAACUUGAUUCUGGAGUAUCUGAUCGGCACGGCGGCGGGGGCGUCGGCUCUCAGUAGCAUGGCGGACUCGUUAGCCAAUCACAGCAUCAGCAACUUUAUGAUUACGCACAUCGGGACGCUCAAUGGCUUGGGUAAAGGGGAGCAGUCGUACCCAGACCUGCUGGCACUGCUGAUAGCGCUGCUGGUGACUGUGAUCGUGGCUUUGGGAGUAAAGAACUCUGUGGGCUUCAACAACGUGCUGAACGUCAUCAACCUCAUAGUGUGGGUGUUCAUGAUGAUCGCCGGGCUGUUCUUUGUUAACGGAGAGAACUGGGACGAGGGGAGAUUCCUGCCCUUUGGCUGGUCUGGGGUGAUGCAGGGAGCAGCCACCUGUUUCUAUGCCUUCAUCGGAUUUGACAUCAUCGCUACAACAGGAGAGGAGGCCAAGAGUCCCAACACCUCCAUUCCCUAUGCCAUCACUGCCUCACUCAUCACCUGCCUCACUGCCUACGUCUCUGUUUCUGUGAUCCUGACUCUGAUGGUACCGUACAAUGAGAUUGACGCAGACGCCCCGCUCAUGGAGAUGUUUGCCAUGCACGGCUGUAUGUUCGCCAAAUAUAUCGUCGCAGUUGGCUCCAUAGCCGGACUCACUGUCUCCUUGCUGGGGUCCCUGUUCCCCAUGCCCAGGGUCAUCUACGCCAUGGCAGGGGAUGGCCUGCUGUUCAAGUUCCUGGCACAUGUGUCUUCCUACACAGAGACCCCUGCUGUUGCCUGUGUAGUGUCCGGCUUUCUGGCUGCCCUGCUUUCCCUCCUGGUCAGCCUCAGAGACCUCAUAGAGAUGAUGUCCAUAGGAACCCUGCUGGCCUACACCCUGGUGAGUCUCUGUGUACUCCUGUUACGCUACCAACCAGAGGGCGACAUUCAUGGCUUUGUGAACUUCCUCUCCGAGGAGCAGAACAACAAGAGGAAGGAAGGUGUCCUGGCUGAGUGCGAGAAAGACGCCUGCUCGCCCACCAGCGAGGCUGACGAGUACGGAGGCCCGCCCACUAACACCUGCGGAGCAAAAAACCUGCCAUCGCUGGGUGACAACGAGAUGUUGAUAGGCAAACCAGACAAAAACGCCUACACAGCCAGCCACCCGAACUAUGGCACGGUGGAUAUGACCACUGGCAUCGAGGCAGAGGAGUCAGAGGGCGGGAUGUCCCGGCGGUUGAAGAAGCUGAUUGGACCACGCUAUUACACCUUGAGGAUCCGAUUGGGUCUCCCAGGAAAGAUGGACAGGCCAACUCCUGCCACGGGGAAAACUGUCACUGUGUGUGUGCUGCUGCUCUUCAUCUUCAUCUUCGCUUUUUGCUCCUUCAUCAUUUUUGGAGCAAGCAGUAUUGGGGAGGGUCGCUGGUGGGCUUUGCUGCUAUUAAUCUUCCUCAUCAUUGUCAUCGCCCUGCUUGUCGUCAUCAUCCUCCAGCAACCUGAGAACCCCAAGCGGCUGCCCUACAUGGCACCCUGUGUGCCCUUUGUACCUGCUUCGGCCAUGCUGGUCAACAUUUACCUCAUGCUUAAACUAUCUGCCAUCACCUGGAUACGAUUUUCAAUCUGGUGCCUCGUGGGUGUGCUCAUCUACUUCGGCUACGGCAUGUGGAACAGUACGCUGGAGAUCACGGCCAGAGAGAAUGAGGUGCACGCCUCCACCUACCAGCGCUACGAUCAAGGCGUGGACGAAGGCUUCUGCGGCUUCGAUGAUGAUUUCUACCCACCCACCACCGACUCCUGGGGCGCGCCAGAGGCGGGGUCGGGGCUCACUCCGCCCCCUCAGGCAAAACCUGAAAGCGAAGGGAUCUCAUCAAAAGGUGGUGGCAGGACCGUUGCCAAUCACGGCCUCGCUGAGGAGGAUCCCAUGGAUUUCUGAAGGGACUGACUCUGUGUUACCCUGAAUGUACUGCCUUGUCUGCUGCCUGGGGGAAGGGAGGGGAACAGUAGUGUGAGUGCAUGAAUGAUUGUUUGUGUAAGUGCGUGUAUGUGUGUGUGUGUGUGUGUGUGUGUGUAUGUGCGUGUGUGCGCAUGCCUGCAUGUGUGUGUAUUUGUUUGUGUCUAACCCUUGGGCUAGAUUGUUUCUUGGCAGUGGAAUGGCUUUUCUUUCACUGUACUCUACCACGCUUGACUCCCCCCUUGCUCACACAGCAAAUGUGGACGUCAAGGUCAUGGGUGUCUUAUCACAGUCACUUGUUAUUUCGGAGUCUACAUCCCACACGAACAAAAGUCAGACAGAAAAGUGCAGACCUAGCAAGAGAUAAAAUAUAAUUUGGUUUACUGCACUGUGAACCAUGCAACACUGUGUAGUGAGCAAUCAGUCUUAACUGCUAAUGUCAAAGAAUUCACGGAAUACAGGAGAGAAGAAGGUGAUGAGCGAGGGACAGAUGAAUCAGCACCUCUCUUCCUGUGUCAACACAGACAGGCAGGAAAGUUAGAUGACAGCAUGCUAAGCCCAAACUAUUUCCUGUGUCCAGGUCGAACUUUCUCUGCUAGUUUUAUUUCCAACAGACAGGAAAAUGGCCACACAUGCUCUCAAACACACCAAAAAAAACAUUCCUAAAACUCAAAAACCACUUUCUGGGUAUCUUUAAAUAUUUCCCCUGACCCCUAACAUCUAGCCCAAGGGAUUCAGGAGUGGAUUUGGAAAAAGGGUGUUGAUGUUUUCUGUCACAAAUAGUACUUGGACUUUGCUUGCAAUAGUGCCUUCAUCUACUGUAGGUGUACGUGAGUUUCUGAUUAUGUCUGUUUUCUACUUUAAUUUUUGCCUGUGUAAGCGUGAGGGUGUAUGUGCAAUCAAACUCCACCUUUUACAUUGAUUCUCAUGUCUGUGUGUGUCAAUAUAAAGUGUGUCCCUCGGAUUGUUUUACUGUGUAUGUGUAGGUAUUUGUUUUCGUUUUGUUCUUCCCACUCUCAGCCCCAGCAUGAAGCUCAAAAUCAAUCCACCCGCAACAAAGCAACUCACGAUGCAAUAUAAUACACGCUUGGCAGCUCAUCGGUAUAAGAGAGAGUGGAGGCUGUAAGCAGAGCGAGAACAGGUUGAACCCCUAAUUGACAACCUGCCUGGUUUGUUGUGAUGGAUGUCAUAUUUUCUGUUCCGUCUCCUCCGUGUGCUUGUCUCUCGUUUGAUGCAGUUCUCCUGUUUACUGGAGCUGGGAAGGAAUUAAUUUUCAGUUCAUUCGGUUCAGAAAAUGAUCAUAGCUUGUGUUUUUUUUCCCACAGAAGAGAACUAAAUUAGGAACUGUAUACAAAUUAUUAGAGAGGGAUGGGGUCAGGGAAGGGAGAGGAUUUUUUUUUCCUUCUUUUUGCUGAAGGGAGGGUAAUCUGACUUUUAGGGGUAAACAAUUGAGGAUCUUUUCAUUUUAACUCACCUGAGAUAUAUAUUUUAUUUAGGAGAAAAAAAAGUAGAAAAAAAAUAUCAUAUCAUUUUGACAUAAGAGAUGGGAGUAUUUCAGUUCUUUACAAAAUCAAGAGGAAGGUACAAAGGAAAUGUUCCUCAUGGUGGUGGAGGGUUUUGCUUUUAUUUUUUAAAAGCAAAAUAUAUUUUUUAACCACCAUCCUCAUACCAAUUACCAAUAAUUUUCAUAUAGUCCCUUACUAAAUAGGACUGCAUUAUAAAUAAGCUGGAAUUUUACUUUCAUAUUUAGUGAACUGAAAUCUAAUUCCUCCUCUCCUCCAUCUCUCUUCUUUUCUCCUCCCCUCCUGCUUUUUGCUCCUUUCCCACUUUCUUGUCUGCAUAUUUGUUAUCCUCUACUUCCACCACUCCUCUGCUCUUCCGGCCCAACUCUUCCUUCAUCUAUUUGCCACCUCACCUUCCUCUUGAUAUCUGUCGGGCCAUGUCAGCAGGGAGUUACCACUGAGUCACAAGUGAUACAGCCAAGAUUGGUUUUCAGCAAUCUGUUCGUGGCCUGCCGAUCCAUUAGCUCCCAUUUCACCUCAGGGUGUCUGCUAUCGCUCUUCUGAUUUGUAAUCGGAGCACUUUCUCCUCUCCCUCUGGUUCUGCUCUAAUGCAGGCCCAGACUGGUCUGAGUGAACCUCCCUGUUGCCCCUACCUCUUCAGUUUUUAUGCAUGUAGCUAGUGUUGAAGACCCACUUUACAUGUUACCUACACUGUUGCUGCACCCCGAGGUAUUGUGAAAAUCAAUCAAAUUAAAUAAAAUGGUCCUGUAUAGCUCAAUGUGUAGGACAUGUAAGCUUAUGCUGCCAAGGUUAGGGGUUUGAUUCCAUACUAAGAAUGUAUGCACUCAUGGCACUGUAAAGGAUUUUGACACACACCAAAUGACAUACUAUUGUGUUGUUAAGUUGAGGGUGGGGACACGUCUACAAUAGCUGCUGCUGUCUGCCCUUGUCCUCCUUGUACCUUUUCCUUGUGCCCCCUGUUGCUGCAUCUGUCCCUUCCAGGGAAGCCUUACUUGUCUAAUGCACUAAAUCAAAGGAUGCCACGCUGAACCCCCCCACCCCACCCUACCUCUGCUCCUCUCACAUUCAUUCACACUCAGAAAAACAAAAAGUAUCUUCAGGUAGGAAUAGGUCAAAGUUGGUGUCGUCCGGUGAAAUAUUUCUGGUACCCAUCCCAAAAAACAGCCCAGUAUCCUGAGGAAUGACACUCAUAUUGGAUGAUUCUGCAGCUUUCCAUUGCAGGGAGUAGUGUCCCUGUAGUGCCACAUACUGUAAGGGUGACCCAUCUGACUUUGAUGGACAGACUGGAAUGCCUGUCAAAGACCAACCAUGGCCAUAGCUAACAUUAAGGUCAUGUCCUCUGUAUCCUCUCUGAAGGUUUGGGUUGUAUCCCUGGUGCAAAAGUUGGACACUACCUUUACGCCAACAAAAAUGACUAAAUCAAUAACAAUCAUCAUCUCCCCACCAAAAUUGUACCAAUGAUAGUGUGGAUAAGGCUUUGAAACAGCCUUAGAUUAAGUAAGAUGACAAAAAAUAUUGACUUUUCUUUUUGUGUCUGGUCAAAAUGUUUGGAGGGGAGUAGGGUUGCGUUGAGGGGACUUGAAUUCAUGAUGUUGUCAAAAGUUGUUAAAAUCCUGACUAAGGCCUCAAGACCAACAAUUAAAGUUACGGUAACCAUGAUCUAUCCGUGACCUUAAUAAGCGGUUUUAGCUGCCAAACCUUAACCAUAGCUUAUUUGCCAUGACCACAAUCUUCUCCUAAACUUGCUUUUACUUACUGUUGUUGUAAUGUGUGGAUAUUGUUGAAAUGGACAUUUAAGAAAUCAAAGGGGUCAAAUACUUGAAAUGUUGCCAUUCAUCAUGAUCUGAGGUUUUGCAGAAUCAUCCAAUCUUGACAUUCCAUGUGGCGACAGGGUUGGGCAAAAAAACAGUACAUCCUAAAAUGUUUGCACACUAUAUCUCACACACAUCCAAACACACAAUAUAUCGCCCCUUUUGUACUAUUCAGCUAAAAUACCCUCCCCACCCAGAUCACUCCCCAGCUCAGCCAACUCAGUUUUGCAUUCAUAGCUCUGCCAAAACAAGAAGGCAAAUUCAGGCGGUGCCAUGCCUCUGACACUGAACUGUACAGUCGACUUUGUAUACUAUCUGCUCUGUGUGUGUGCAUAAGAGUGUGUGAGUGCAUGUAAUGUAUGUUUGUGUGUGUGUUUAAGUGUGUGCGUGUGUGUCGGUGGUCUACGCCUGCGCCUCAAUGUGAUUGUGUCUGGUGAAUGUUUAGCAUGCUGUCAUGCACGAGGCCCAAACUGUAAAUGUCGUACUUGCAUGUGGUGACCGAUCGCAACGAGACAUAAUAGAACACUAAACCAAACCACACGCAGGCUUAGUUCUUAUACCUGGGACUGUGGGCGUCUGAGCUCUGAGUUGUAUUACAACUGAAUCAGCCUCAAAAGAAACACCAUUGUUCAGGAUACUUCCCAGUGAGCUAAACUAAAAGAUACUGUGUUCACUGUACACUGCUGUCAUUUCUAUUAAGAUUCAAACCUAAACCAUUCUUAUAUCUUACAGCUCAACAUUAUGUUAAAUGAGAUUUGAAUUCUAUGAGCUUAAAGAAGAUUAUUUGCUGGAUUCAAUCCAAAUCUUCACAUAUUCUAUCCUAUAUUUCUAAGCUCAUUAGGUAAUCCCACCCAGGUAUGGAAACCAGGGCUCCGUUUGGAAAGGGAGUAGAACAUGUAGCAGAACACAAGGGUGUGGGGGUGACUUCUCUCACAUCCUCCCUCAAUCACUUACAGUAUACCUACUUCCUGUAUAUCCCCUUUAUCAACCACAACCUCUGCAAGCCAAAGUCCACAAUGUUUGUUUACUUUUCACAUACAGCAGACUGUAGUUUCUUCAAAGAGAACACUUAAGGUACAACAGAGCUAAUGAUUUUUCUUGCUAAUAAGCUACUAAUGUCAGUUUAUCACGAGAAGACUGAUUUUGUUUUUCCUCACAGUGACUUUAGAUCCUAGUUGCUAAGUAUUUCAUUGAAAGAUUUAAAGUAUUAGCCUAGACUCCAGUGACAUCAUUAGAUGUGUUCAUCCAGCACUAAUACGACACAGCGAAAAAGUACAACUCUAAAGGUGGAGUGAAGCAAAAGAAAAGUAUUUUUCUAUAGCUGUUUCCGAUCCACAGACCCUCCUGGGGUAGGUGUGCACAAAAGAGCUGGGUGGAGUUGAUCAGCCUUCACUUCCUGUGUUUUUGUUUAAUCACAAGGAGGCCUGGGAGAAACUGCUAAAAAAAUAUAUUUUUAACAACUGUAGUCUCUCUAGAAAGAUAAAGCUCAUUUAUAAACCUUGAUCCUUUCCUUUGAAGGAUUUUGAAAUGGUUGCUCUAGACAAUAGUCAAUAGGACAGUAGAAGGUUUAGGAAUAAGAGUACUACAUAAAACAUGCAGAAACUAUUUUAAUACGAUUCUAUAAAGGGUAAACUACACGCAUAAUCAAAUAUUGCCACUAUUGCUUUUAAAGUCAGCUACUAUUUGUUUAUUUUGUCUCGGAGAAGGCGUGCCAUGUUCUUCCUGUGCUCUGUGUUCGCUGUGGCCAAGUGUCCAGUCAGUGCGUGUCGAACUUGUUGAGAUUGGCUCCUCUUGCAACAACUAGAUAUUCCUUUUCUCUUUUGUAUAUUUUGGCACAAAGCUGUAUAAUGUAGUUGUUUUUUAUGUUGACUCUUUUCUUUUCUUUUUUAAUGGUUUCUUCCAUACGUGUGGUUAUUUUGCUCCCGGUUGCACUGUUUUUGCUGAGUUGUUGAUAUUGCUUCCAUGCAACAAUGAAAGUUAUUUAUUGCAAAUACCAAAAGAAAAGGCUCGCUCAUUUAUUCACACACAAGAUAAUAUGCACAUACAUAUGCAAUUACACAAUGGUAUUAAACAUGGUUGUGAGUGGGGGGAAAA